ACUCCAAAAAAAAUAAAUUUUAAUUCAUAGUUUUAAAGCAUUUUGCAUUUAACAGUAUGAAAAAUUAGGCCUUCAUAGGACAGGAAGCGCGCUCUGGUGUUUAUAGGAACUGUGGUAAAAAUUGCAAUCAAGAGUUUAUACGUAUGGGUGUUCAGAGUGACGACACCUUAUCAAUACACCUUGUAUUUCUAUUUUAUUCUGUGGUGUUCACGAAUUAAGAUUAAGAUAUAAGUAUAAUCUUAAUUCGUGGUGACUGGUGGCGUUUCAUACGUGAAGUAAUAGUUCAUGAUUUCAUUUUUUCGUAAAUUCUGUGGUAGGAUUAUAUUAUUCAGAUAAAUACUCAGGUGCAACAAUAACAAUUGUUAUAUCAUUAUACCAUGAUACUACAUGAGUACUAACCACGAUUAAAGAUAUAUCUUUAAUCGUGGUACUAACUUGUACUACUAUGUAGAGACAGCACUAAAUAAUAAUACCAAUUUUAAAAAAGGAGAAUGUUUUUGUAAAGUGAAAAUACAAAUUAUUUAGCAAAGGUGAGCAUUGAUUAUGUUGUAUGUGAUUUUGAAGUCAAAAGAUUUGAAUUUAUAGUAAGAAAAAUAAAACAAAUCAAAUUAUACCAAAGUCCAAAAUGGCUACAAGGUGGAGUAGUGACUAUAAUGCUAUUGAAAUUAGAGAUUUUGAUGCUCAUAGAAUGGCUAUAGACUAUACUGGUUCUAUAGUAUUGUUAGCUGGCCGUAAAAAAUAUGGUAUUGUUGAAAUUUAUAAAUCAUCAAAUAUUCUAUUUCCUAGAACUUGUAAAUAUGAAAUUAAAGCUCUUGAGUGGAAUCCGACAUAUCACAACCAACAUUUUUGUGCAUUGGCACAGAGCACCCAAUUGCAAUUACUUAGUUUGAAAAACAAUGUUAAUUUAGCUUCUUCGACAAGAUUAAAUACCCAUACACGAGCUAUAUUAGACAUAAAUUGGCAUGCCUCUGAUCCAAAUAUUCUGGCUUCGUCGUCUAUGGAUUCAUUUGUAAAUAUUUGGGACAUUAGAGACAACACUAGACCAGCUUUAUCUCUUUCAGCUAUUAUUCCAGCCUUACGAGUGAGGUGGAAUCAUUUAACUAAACACUUGAUAGCUACUGCUCAUGGUGGGGAAGUCAAAAUAUGGGAUCAGAGAAAAGCUGCAAAUCCAAUUCAUUAUAUUACAGCCCACCUCAGUAAUAUACAUUGUUUGGAUUGGAGUUAUACAAAUGAAAAUCAAUUAGUCACUUGUAGUCAAGAUUGUACUGUUAAGUUUUUCGAAAUAAAUAAUCUUAAAAAGGCAGAAAAUGUUUUAAAUACUGUCACACCCGUUUGGAGUGCUAAAUAUACACCUUUUGGCGAUGGUAUAUUAAUUGUUUUGGUUCCUCCAGAGAAAAGAGUGGACAAUAACCUAAUAUUGUGGAAUUUGAGUUCCAUUAAUUCACCUGUUCAUACAUUUGUUGGUCAUUCAGAUACAAUAUUAGAGUUUCAAUGGAUGAAAAAUAAUGAAGAUAAAACAUCUGAAUAUGAAUUUAUAACGUGGUCUAAAGAUCAGACCAUGAGAUUAUGGCACGUUGUGUCAUUUCUUCAGGAAAUGCCUAUGGAUUAUAUCGAAAAAUCAUCUGACGAUAAUUUGAAUAUUGAUCAAAACGCACCAACCUCCGACACAAGUAAUGUGUCCAAUGAUGCACUUAAUGACAUUGAUACUGUAAACUUUGAAAGUGAAGGUCGAGAUGGAAGUUUAUCUAUGUCUACUAGUGAUGAUUCUUAUAGUACCGAAGUUGGUGAGGAACCUAUUGUAAAUUUACACAAAGAGUUUCUUUCUUUGAAUGUUGGUUCAGAAAUCUUCAUUGAACAAAAAGAUCCAGAUCGACGUAUAUUAAUAGCUUUGGUAAAAGUCAAUAAUAAUUCAAUAACUAUACAUAUGACAUUUCCAUUGGAUUACCCUGUAAACGUCGAACCUCAGUUUCAAAUUACCAAAAGUACUUAUGAUGCAAGUAUGAAAAAUAAAAUUCAUAAAGUAUUGUAUGAUUCAGCUAUAAAACAAGUGUCUAAAAACUUGACUUGUGUGCAGUUUUGUCUUCGUGAACUUGUUGUGUCUCUAAGAAAGUCUCGGAUAUCAUUUUCGGAAUCUCAAUUUUCUGAAGACGAUAAGAAAACAUACUCAAUGUAUUCACAAUCGCCAUCACAUUAUGAUCGUACAAGUACUUACAUAUCUAGCCAAGACACUUGUAAUAUUCUACAGCAUAAAACAAUGGGUUUAAAAUUUUGUAACAAUGGUGCAUUAUUGUGGUUUAAUAGUCCGCCAAAAAGGAAAUCCGAUAUUUUUCCAUCUAUUUCUCUACAAAAAAUUGAUAGUGCAAAUCACACUCCCCUACAAAAGCUUCAACCUUACUGGUUUAGUAAUAAAAAUUCUCCAACUGAUGGAAGUAGUCGAAGCUCAAAAAGUUAUAGAAAAGACAAGCUAGAUAAACCAAUAGUUUCAAUUUAUGAUGUGUCAAGUUUAUUUUCAAUAAAUAAGGAUUUAGCAUCAAAAUAUGAACUAGAUGUAUCUAAUGUUUUCAGUACUUGUUUGAAAAAUGCUUGGAUCACAAAUGGCUUUAAAAGAAAAGAUUUAGUUCAAACUUGGACACUGGCUGCAUAUGCCUGCAAUACAAAAUGUAAUGUAAAAAAAAAAGUUACAUCGUCCAUUGACCAAAUUAAUAAUUGGAGAAAUCAUCCGUUCACCAUUGAUAUGAUUGAUUCAUUAAUCUCUCAUUAUGCCGGUCAUUCUGAUUAUCAAACCGCUGCUCUAUUAUGUUGUGUGUUUAAUCCAAAUCCGGCUUUAAAAAAUAUUGAACAGGAUAGGACACCUACACCCGUGUAUACACGCUCAAAUAGUCUGUCAGAAGGUUUCACUUUUUCUAGGGGACAAGAAGAAUCGACCGAAUGUUAUGAAAUUUCUGAUCAAGGAUUACUGUUAGAGGAUUCUGAUGCCCAGAAAAAUGUGCAUUAUGAUGUAUACAAAAAAAUAUACAUGGACGUAUUAGAUAAUUUAGGUUUACUAGAUCAGCAAACAAGUGUUAAAAAAUUUUUGAAACAACAAACUCAAAAGAGUAGUGCAUUUUUUUUCAAAUUCAUUGUUGAAUGUUUAAAAUGUAAUGACUCAGUUAAAGAUGGAUACUGUCUUCAGUGUCAACAGUUUAGUCUGAAGUGUACGUUAUGUAAUUCUACUGUAAGAGGUGCAGCUCAUGUUUGUCUAAAAUGUGGACAUGGUGGUCAUGCUAAUCAUUUGAUUCAAUGGUUUAGUAAAGAAUCUUUAUGUGCUGUAAAUUGUGGAUGUUAUUGUUUAUUUGAAACAAUGUCUAUACUUCAUAUUAAAAAAUAUGACUCUAAAGAAGAUUGAAGAUAUUUUCCAAUUUUCAAAGUUUUCAUUAAACUGAUGUUUUUAUAGUUCCUCUUUGUUCUGUUUCAGAAACAAAGAUAAUCGCAUUUCAAUUUAUUAUGUUAUUUAAAAAUAUAUAAGGCUUAUAAUGGGUAUCUUUGUAUUUAAAAUAUAAGAAAAAGUCUGUUAACUAAUUUAAUUGUUGAAACCAAAUAUACCUAUGUUUAUUUUU